AUGUCAUCAAGCCAAUCAAUGACUGCACAACAACAAUUAUUCUUGAAAUCAAUAGAAUGUGAUCCAACAUAUUCAAAUUCAUAUCAUAACCUUGCUACGACACUUUCAAGUGGUUCAUCAAUCACACUUAAUAAUGGUCAAUCAAUGACACAACAACAACUAUUCUUGAAAUCAAUAGAAUGUGAUCCAACAUAUUCAAAUUCAUAUAAUUACCUUGCAAAUACACUUUCAAGUGGUGAAUCAAUCACACUUAAUAAUGGACAAUCAAUGACAAAACAACAACUAUUCUUGAAAUCAAUAGAAUGUAAUCCAACCAAUUCAUAUUCAUAUAAUAACCUUGCAAAGACACUUUCAAGUGAUUCAUCAGUCACACUUAAUAAUGGACAAUCAAUGACAAAACAACAACUUUACUUGAAAUCAAUAGAAUGUGAUCCAACAUAUUCAGAUUCAUAUUAUAACCUUGCAGUGACACUUUCAAGUGGUUCAUCAAUCACACUUAAUAAUGGUCAAUCAAUGACUGCACAACAACUAUACUUGAAAUCAAUAGAAUGUGAUCCAACAUAUUCAAAUUCAUAUCAUAACCUUGUAUAUACACUUUCGAGUGGUGAAUCAAUCACACUUAAUAAUGGACAAUCAAUGACACAACAACAACUUUACUUGAAAUCAAUAGAAUGUAAUCCAACAUAUUCAUAUUCAUAUAAUAACCUUGCAUUAACACUUUCAAGUGGUUCAUCAAUCACACUUAAUAAUGGACAAUCAAUGACACAACAACAACUUUACUUGAAAUCAAUAGAAUGUGAUCCAACAUAUUCAGAUUCAUAUUAUAACCUUGCUACGACACUUUCAAAUGGUUCAUCAAUCACACUUAAUAAUGAAUGUGAUCCAACAUAUUCAAAUUCAUAUCAUAACCUUGUAUAUACACUUUCGAGUGGUGAAUCAAUCACACUUAAUAAUGGUCAAUCAAUGACACAACAACAACUUUACUUGAAAUCAAUAGAAUGUGAUCCAACCAAUUCAUAUUCAUAUAAUAACCUUGCAAAUAUACUUUCAAGUGGUUCAUCAAUCACACUUAAUAAUGGUCAAUCAAUGACAAAACAACAACUAUACUUGAAAUCAAUAGAAUGUGAUCCAACAUAUUCAUAUUCAUAUCAUAACCUUGCAAAUACACUUUCAAGUGAUUCAUCAAUCACACUUAAUAAUGGACAAUCAAUGACACAACAACAACUAUUCUUGAAAUCAAUAGAAUGUGAUCCAACCAAUUCAGAUUCAUAUCAUAACCUUGCUACGACACUUUCAAGUGGUUCAUCAAUCACACUUAAUAAUGGACAAUCAAUGACACAACAACAACUAUUCUUGAAAUCAAUAGAAUGUGAUCCAACAUAUUCAGAUUCAUAUUAUAACCUUGCAGUGACACUUUCAAGUGGUUCAUCAAUCACACUUAAUGGACAAUCAAUGACAAAACAACAACUAUACUUGAAAUCAAUAGAAUGUGAUCCAACAUAUUCAUAUUCAUAUAAUAACCUUGCAUUAACACUUUCAAGUGGUUCAUCAAUCACACUUAAUAAUGGACAAUCAAUGACAAAACAACAACUAUACUUGAAAUCAAUAGAAUGUGAUCCAACAUAUUCAUAUUCAUAUAAUAACCUUGCAAAUACACUUUCAAGUGGUUCAUCAAUCACACUUAAUAAUGGACAAUCAAUGACACAACAACAACUAUUCUUGAAAUCAAUAGAUUGUGAUCCAACCAAUUCAGAUUCAUAUAAUAACCUUGCAAAUACACUUUCAAAAUGUGAUCCAACAUAUUCAAAUUCAUAUCAUAACCUUGCUACGACACUUUCAAGUGGUUCAUCAAUCACACUUAAUAAUGGUCAAUCAAUGACAAAACAACAACUAUACUUGAAAUCAAUAGAAUGUGAUCCAACAUAUUCAGAUUCAUAUCAUAACCUUGCUACGAUACUUUCAAGUGGUUCAUCAAUCACACUUAAUAAUGGUCAAUCAAUGACACAACAACAACUAUACUUGAAAUCAAUAGAAUGUAAUCCAACCAAUUCAAAUUCAUAUAAUAACCUUGCAUUAACACUUUCAAGUGGUUCAUCAAUCACACUUAAUAAUGGUCAAUCAAUGACAAAACAACAACUUUACUUGAAAGCAAUAGAAUGUGAUCCAACCAAUUCAGAUUCAUAUAAUGACCUUGCAUUAACACUUUCAAGUGGUUCAUCAAUCACACUUAAUAAUGGUCAAUCAAUGACAAAACAACAACUAUACUUGAAAUCAAUAGAAUGUAAUCCAACAUAUUCAAUUUCAUAUCAUAACCUUGCAAAUACACUUUCAAGUGGUUCAUUAAUCACACUUAAUAAUGGACAAUCAAUGACAAAACAACAACUUUACUUGAAAUCAAUAGAAUGUAAUCCAACCAAUUCAGAUUCAUAUAAUAACCUUGCUACGACACUUUCAAGUGGUUCAUCAAUCACACUUAAUAAUGGUCAAUCAAUGACAAAACAACAACUAUACUUGAAAUCAAUAGAAUGUAAUCCAACCAAUUCAAAUUCAUAUAAUAACCUUGCAUUAACACUUUCAAGUGGUUCAUUAAUCACACUUAACAAUGGUCAAUCAAUGACAAAACAACAACUAUACUUGAAAUCAAUAGAAUGUAAUCCAACAUAUUCAUAUUCAUAUAAUGACCUUGCAUUAACACUUUCAAGUGGUUCAUCAAUCACACUUAAUAAUGGACAAUCAAUGACACAACAACAACUAUACUUGAAAUCAAUAGAAUGUAAUCCAACCAAUUCAAAUUCAUAUAAUAACCUUGCAAAGACACUUUCAAGUGGUUCAUCAAUCACACUUAAUAAUGGUCAAUCAAUGACACAACAACAACUAUUCUUGAAAUCAAUAGAAUGUGAUCCAACAAAUUACCUUUCAUAUUAUAACCUUGCUAAGACACUUUCAAGAGUAUUUUAA